ACGAUACGACAUACUACUAUACGCAACGGUACGCGGCGACUGAACCAAUUGCAGAGCCCCGUCUCUGAAACCUGAUCACUCCAUCACUAUACGCGCAAAAUUCCCCCAAAUUCUAGGGUUUUCGGUAAAGCUGGAGCCCUGGUCUCCUUCCCCGUUCACUGUGAUCGUCCCUGCAAGCAGGAAUCAGUGUGAAUCUUCGGUAACGAGCGGUGUCGUGUGAUCGGCGCGAGUUGAGGUUUUAGACAAUGUUUUCUGGGAGUGAGGUCAAGGAUUAUGAGCAUAGGUACUACUGUGACUUGAGAGAGGGCACCCUGAAGGUCAGAGUAUCAGAUUCAUUGUAUAGAUGCCCAUUCUGCGACAGAUUUAAAAAACGUGAUUAUCGAUUUAAGGACUUAUUGGAGCAUGCUUCUGCUAGAGGUAGCUCACGCAGUUCGGGUUUGCGAGAAAAAGCCAGCCACCUGGCCCUGGAACGAUAUAUGAAAAGGCAUCUUCUCCAUCCCGAAGAAUCAAAUCCUGCUGCAAAAACUGACUUCAAUUCUCGUACUAAAGAAGAUUCGAAUAAUGCACAGAAAGGCAGUUCAAUCAGUCGUGCUAUAGGAGAACUGAAAGAGGGUCACAAACCUAGUUCCCUGCUUAGUAGUAAGAAUGGUUCAAGGCCUGGUCAGAGAAGUGAUCAUCAACAAGGUGACGAAGAAAGGAAAUCAUCCCAUGAACCGAAUUCCCAUUCUAUCACUAAAGACAUGGCGUACUCUGCCCACAGAACUAGCUUUGCUAGUCCUGCUGAAGAGGGAGCAAAAACUGCCCAAGAAACUGGUCUUGCCUUUGGUACUAAAGUAGCUCCAAAAUAUGCCCAAAGGCAUGGUUCGUUGACUGCUGAUCUGGACCAAAAGUUUGUGCAUCCUUGGAAAGGCAUCUUGGCGAACAUCAAAAGAGACCUUAAAGAAGGUCGGUAUGUUGCUGAGAGUGGAAGCAAGAUACGUGAUGAACUGGCUGCUAAAGGUUUUAAUCCCCAGAAAGUCCAACCACUGUGGAACUAUCAAGGUCAUUCUGGCUUUUCUAUAGUUGAGUUUGACAAGGACUGGGAAGGGUUCAAAAACGCAAUCAUGUUUGAAAAAGAUUUUGAAGUUAGUCGUCGGGGGAAGAGAGACUUCUAUGCAGCACAUGAUCGAGGUGAGAAUCUUUAUGGUUGGCUCGCAAGAGAAGAUGACUUUUACUCAAACACCAUUGUUGGUAAAUACCUUCGCAAAAAUGGGUACCUCGAAACUGUUACUGGUAAGGAGGCAGCAGAUCAGAGAAAAGACUCCAAGCUUUUCUUAAACUUGACCAAUACUUUGGAGACCAAAAGUUCGUGCCUCAAAGAAAUCGAGAGCAAAUACAAUGAAACCAGUAGGUAUUAUGAGAGAGUAGUGACGGAGAAGGAUGAAAUGAUCAAGGCAUACAAUGAAGAAAUGAGAAUUGCACAGCAAAAAGCACGUGAUAAUUUGGUCAAGGUAUAUGAAGACCACGAGAAAGCCUCUCGGCAACUGGAAGCUCAGAAAAAAGAAUUGGAGGAGAGGGAGAAAUAUCUUAAUAAAUGUCAAGCACAAAAUAAGACUGAGAGAAGGAAGCUUCAAUGGGACAAGAUUAAGAACGAAAGGGCUAUUGUGGAGCAGAAGAAAGCUGAUGAAGAUAUGAUGAAGCUGGCUAAUCAGCAUCAGAAAGAGAAAGAGGAAUUGCAUGGGAAAAUCCAUGAGCUUGAGCACAAACUUGAUGCGUUGCAAGCAUUUGAGCUAGAGAUGGAGCGUAUGAGAGGUGGUCUGCUGAUGAUGAAACACAUGAACGGAGAAAAUGAAGAUAUGGAAAACAAGAAAAAGAUGGAAAAGCUCGAAGAAGAACUGAAGGAGAAAGAAGAGGAAUGGGAACACCAAGAGUCCCUUUACCAGACACUCGUUGUGAAGCAUGGCUACACUAACGAUGAACUACAAGAUGCUCGCAAGGCAUUGAUUACUGCUUUGGGGGGAUUGACAGCCCGGUCUCGCAUUGGUGUGAAGAAAAUGGGAGAACUCGAUAAGAAACCAUUCAGGAAAGCAGUAGAAGAGAAAUAUCCAGCAGAAAAAGCUGAUGUAAAAGCCGCAAAGCUGUGUUCAUUGUGGGAAGAAUACUUGAGAGACCCGAGUUGGCAUCCAUUUAAGGUCAUUGAAAGGAAUGGUGAAGCUGAGGAGAUACUGAACGAAGAAGAUGAGAAGCUGCAAGGGCUGAAGAGUGAGUUCGGGGAUGAAGUGUUUGAAGCCGUGGUGAAAGCGUUGCGGGAAAUGGUAGAAUACAACGGGAGCGGGCGGUACGUUGUACCCGAGCUUUGGAACCUUGUAGAAGGAAGAAAGGCCACACUCGAGGAAGGAUGUUCUUUCUUGCUUGAUAUGUGGAAGAGGGUAAAACCUAAACCUACUAAGCGCAAACGGUAACGUAAAAAACCACUACUUGUUACCUCCAAAACCUUCCUCUCAGCCCUUGGCUUGUUUUUGUGAUUCUCACUGAUUAGUAUGGUAUUAAUAGCCGCCAGAGUGAAACUUCUAAUCUAACUGAUACCACGUUUCUGCA